CAAUUUGAAUUUAGAAAUGCCCUUUCCGAAUCCCAUAUAAUAAAGCCCCAGUAAACUCUCGUUAUUUUGCCUUCAAUCUACCUACAGCCUACUGAGCUUGCUCUUAAACUUAUUUUCUCCUGAUCUUAGAUUGCUUCAACGAUGGCCGCCAAAAAAACUAUUCUGCUCUUCACUUUGCUGACUUUUGUCAUCACCGUUGUCAACUCCCAGUCCGUCCAAAUGAAAUACGUGAAUGGGUCCUUGGAAAGAGGGGCUGUGUGCCUAGAUGGGAGUUCAUGUGUCUACUACCUUCACAAAGGGGUAGGACAUGGACGUAACAAUUGGCUGCUUCACCUUGAAGGGGGAGGAUGGUGCUUUAAUAAGACCGACUGCAAGGAUCGCGCCAGCAGAUCAUACCUGGGAUCUUCCAAUCUUAUGAACAAAUAUGCCAACUUCACUGGCUUUCUUUCUAAUGACUCAGGAAUUAAUCCCGAAUUCCACAGCUGGAAUAGGGUCUAUAUUCCGUAUUGUGACGGUUCUUCAUUUACCGGAAAUGUUGAAGCUGUGGAUCCCGUUACAAAUGUAACCUACCGUGGAUUACGAAUUUUUGAAGCCACGAUGGAUGAUUUGCUCUCUCAGGGAAUGAAGGAUGCUCAAGAUGCAAUUCUUAGCGGUGUUUCGGCGGGCGGAUUGGCUACAAUGAUUCAUUGUGACCGGUUUCGAGACCUUCUUCCGAUGACAGCCCGAGUCAAAUGUCUUGCAAUUGCAUCUUACUUUGUGCAUGAGGUGCAUCUAAACGGAAGCAAACAGUUCGAAUCCAUUUUUGACGCGCUCAUCAGUUUACAUGGAUCGUCAAAAGGGCUACCUUCACGGUGCACUUCAAGAAUGAGUCCCAGUUUGUGCUUCUUUCCCCAAUACUUCUUGCCGACCAUUGAGACGCCUGUAUUCAUAACCAUGUCCGCAUUCGAUCAUAUUCAAGUAAGACUGAACUUGUUUCCAACGGAUGAGGUCUGCCUUCUACACGAUAAUUGCACUUUUGAACGGCUCAAAGCAAUGCAAGAUUUGAGGCUGUACGUGCUAUCUGCAUUGCCGAAAGGCUAUUUCUUCGAACGAGGAACAUGGAUUACAAGCUGCAUCGCUCAUAACACACCCUACUAUGUGAACCAGACGACUUAUGCUGAAGUUUUUAGAGAUUGGUAUACUAAUGGAGGUUCUCUUCAAAUAGUUGACGAUUCUGACAUACCAAGAAAUUGUUCUUUACAAGGCAUCAAACCCAAUUCAUGAAUGGGUUCAAUUUCACUAUUUGAUACUCCAUCCGUUCCUUAUAACUUUGCCAACUUUCCUUUUUUUGUUGUCUCAAAAAAUUUGCCACUUUCCCUUUUAAUCAAUCAAUUAGUGGUUCCUGUUAUUUCUCUCUCCUCUGCACAAAUCUCUACCACAUAGUUUUUACUUUAUUAUUCUAGAUGGAGGAAUUGAAGUAAGAGUUGUAUGUGCAUUUCUAGACACAAUAUUGUGAGUUUGAUUCUUUAAA